AUGUGUGUAGACUUCACCGAUCUCAACAAGGCCUGCCCCAAAUACUGCUAUCCCCUCCCGAGGAUAGACGCCCUCGUCGACUCGGCGAUGGAGUAUGAGAUCCUCUGCUUCCUAGAUGCCUUCAAAGGGUAUCAUCAAAUAGGAAUGAGUGAAGAGGACCAAGAGAAGACGGCGUUCUACACCGACCAAAGUGUUUAUUGCUACACCACCAUGCCAUUUGGGCUAAAGAACGCCGGGGCGACCUACCAAAGGCUGAUCAACCGACUCUUCAAGAAUCAGAUCGGCCGCAAUAUGGAGGCCUAUGUGGAUGACAUACUCGUCAAAAGUCUCGCCACUUCAUCCUUCCUGGCAGACUUGAGGGAAGUCUUCGGGGUCCUGCGAGACUCGAGGAUGAAACUGAAUCCCAAGAAGUGCGUCUUCGGCGUCACCUCGGGAAAAUUCUUGGGGUAUCUGGUUUCCCACCGGGGAAUCGAGGCCAACCCCGACAAAAUCAAGGCCAUUCAGGACAUGUCCCCACCUCGGAACGUCCGAGAAGUCCAAAUGUUGAAUGGACGCCUGGCCGCGUUGAACCGCUUCCUGUCCCAAUCUGCUGAGAAAGCUCUGCCCUUCUUUAAGGUGCUGAAGAAGGCUGACCAAUUUGCCUGGACUGAGGAGUGUCAGGCUGCCUUCGACCAGCUGAAGCAGUACUUGCAUCACCUACCCACUCUCGCUUCAUCUCGACCCGAGGAGAAGCUCUACCUCUAUCUCUCCGCAGCCAACGAGGCUGUCAGUGCUGUUCUUAUCCGGGAUGAGAGCACCCAAGUGCCACUCUACUACGUCAGCCGAGCUCUCCGAGGACCGGAGACUCGAUACACUCAAGUGGAAAAACUGGUGCUGGGGCUAGUCCACGCAGCUCGGCGAUUGAAGCCUUACUUUCUAGCUCAUCCCAUCUCCGUCAGGACCGACCAGCCCAUUCGGCAAAUAUUGGUGCGGCCCGAAGCCUCUGGUCGCCUCACCAAGUGGGCUGUCGAAUUGGGAGAAUAUGACUUGUCCUACGAGCCACGCACCGCCAUAAAAGCACAAGCCCUAGCCGAUUUCCUAGCCGAGCUGACCUUCACGGAAGGUCCGGAGUCCACCUCCACCAAAGCCGAGAUGCCCACCUCAUCCCUGUGGACAUUGUAUGUCGAUGGAUCCUCUAACGGAGACGGCUGCGGAGCCGGACUGCUCCUGGAAGGACCUCAAGGAGAGGUGUGCUCCUACGCCCUCCGCUUUGACUUCCCGGCCACCAACAAUGAAGCCGAGUACGAGACUCUAAUCGUUGGACUCCAGCUAGCCCGCAAACUCGGCGCCCAACAAAUCCACGUCCGCAGUGACUCCCAGCUCGUGGUACGCCAAGUUCUUGGUGAGUACGAGGCCAAGGAUGAGACCAUGCAACGGUACCUCUCCAAGGUUCACCAACUCACCACGUACUUCAAGUCAUUCGAAAUCCAAAGAAUCCCCCGGUCCCAGAAUAAGCGAGCCGACGCCUUAUCCGGGCUGGCCUUCACUUCAUUCUCUGACCUCAACAAAACGGUUUUAGUGGAAGUUCUGAGUGAACCCGGAUAUGUGGAAGAGGUGGCCUGCCCCGUGCACUCCGAAGAUACCUGGAUGACCCCGUUCAUCCUCUUCUUGAGUCAGGGAACACUCCCUGAAGACCGAGUCGAGGCGAGAAGAAUACAACGCAAGGCGGCUCGGUACGCUCUCCGCGAUGGAGAACUGUACAAGCGCUCCUACCUCGGCCCCUGGCUGAGGUGCGUCACCCCCGAGGUCGGACGUCAUAUCCUCCACGAGAUCCACGAAGGCCUGUGCGGAGCUCACGUCGGUCACAGGAUGUUAGCCAAGAAGACUAUGCUCCUUGGAUACUUCUGGCCAUCACUUCGGCAAGACGCCCAAGACCUCGUUCUCGGCUGUCCUUCCUGCCAAGUUCACGCACCCGAGCAUCACCAGCCCUCUAAUUUCAUGGUCCCCAUCACUUCACCCUGGCCGUUUGAGCAAUGGGGGACAGACAUCAUAGGUCCUUUCCCUAAAGCCGUCGGGGGUUAUACCUUCCUGGUCAUCAUCUCGGAUAAUGGAAGGCAAUUUGCCGAGAACCCCUUUAAAUCCUGGUGCGCAAACCUCGGCAUCAAACAACACUUCACUUCGGUAGGCCACCCUCAGGCCAAUGGUCAAGCAGAAAACUUCAACCGGACUCUCCUGCAUGGCCUCAAGACCCGACUACACCGAGUUGGGUCAUCUUGGGUGGAGGAACUCGCCAGUGUCUUGUGGUCAUAUCGGACCACGCCGAGAUCAGCGACGCAAGAAACCCCAUUCUCCCUGACCUAUGGCGCCGAGGCUGUCAUCACGGCUGAGAUCCUUACUCCCAGCCCUCGGCUGGCAGCCUAUGCCGCCGAGGUGAACGACGAAGAGAGGCUGCUAGACCUCGACCUCGUCGAAGAACGAAGGGACCUCGCCUCAGCCCGGAUAGUUUCAUACAAGAACACACUGGCACACUAUUACAAUGCCCGUGUCAGACAUCGUAGAUUCCGUCCUGGAGACUUGGUUCUCAGGAAAAAUUCAGUCAGCCGAGCUGAGCCGCAACGGAAAUUAUGCCCGAAAUUGAAAGGCCCUUACCGAGUUGUGGAAUCUGACCCUAAAGGGUAUUGUAAACUGAGUUACCGAGAUGGCUCAUUACUGCCGAGGUCUUGGCACGCCGAGAACCUUAGGUUGUAUUAUGCUUGA